UUUGCAACUUUCACAUGUAUAAGGCGAAUUUUCAAGGUUACGAUAAAUAUCCAGCUGUCAAUCCAAAGAAAAGGUCGAAAUUGUUUUAACACGUGGCCCUGUCAAUUUAUUGAAACAGUCAAUUGCAAUAAAAAAGCACAGGGAAUUAGGUUCAAUGAACAGAUGGCAAACUAUUUGAAGCCGGUUGCUGCAGUUUUGGUGCCAAAUAUUGGUGGGUUCUUGUCUGGGUAUUUCACCAGGAGUGAAGUCAGGCCUACAACAACUGGCCAGCUUACUUGGUAUCAGGCAUUGAAAAAGCCCUCUUUCCAGCCACCCAACUGGAUAUUUGCCCCCGUCUGGACAACCCUCUACUCUACAAUGGGCUAUGCCUCCUACAUGAUCUUUAGGGAUGGGGGUGGGUUUGGGGGUAAGGCAGCCCUGCCCCUUGCAGUGUACGGUGCUCACCUGGCCCUAAACUUUGCCUGGUCGCCAUUGUUCUUCAAGGCGCACAACCUGGGAUUGGCAUUUGCUGGGAUCGUAGCACUGUGGGGCUCAGUUGUUGCCACUAUUGUCUCAUUCCAUGGUGUAAAUGUCAACGCCGCCUACAUAAUGCUGCCAUACUUGGGAUGGGUCAGCUUUGCAUCCUUCCUCAACUUCACAUUGUGGAGAAUGAACAAGGACCGAACGGACUAGAGUGUGCCUUUAAAUGUAUUGCUUCUAUCUGUAGAUUGCCCGAAAAAAAACUGUAGACUGUACCUUUAGAGAUAUUCCUCCUAUAAACAGUUAAUAAGCGUUCUGCAAGUCUUGUUCAAGCAACAAUUAACAAGAAAAACACUAAUUGUGUUACAAAUGUGAACAAUGUGAAACCACAGCUUAGACAACUCGUUACUUUCUUUCUCAACUAUGUCAGUAUAUAAAUAUUUGUCUCAUAAUUGACAUAAGCAUUUUGGAAAAGCCAACAUUGAAUAAACAUCUUUGAGACUUGGAAGUACUUUAUAUAUAUUUAGGAUUUUCGUGUAUUUAAUUGUUCAUAGGGGUGCAAAAACAUUUAUUCCAUUGGUUUAGAACAAUAAUUUUAAGGAUAAAAGCUCUUUACAUCAAAGGUAAUAUUUAGUUAUUUUCUCCAUGGCAUAUUGCUUUAGCAGUGAUUUCUUGCAAUUCAAAUUGUGUUGAAUUAGCUUGAGCCAUGUAUCAUACUAAAUUUUAUCAAAAUAAAUUUUGUUUUAUGUUGUAACUUUUGCUGAAUGUGUAGGUCUGAGAAUUGUGUUUUUUUUUGUCAAGACCACUCAUUGAUUCCACAAAGAAGUUUUGUAAGACUUUCAGAUUUUGUCUAUUUGAAAUAUUAAUCUAGUCAAUCUUUGUAAAAGAUUUAUUCUUAUUAUGAAUGUAUAAAAAUGACUUAUGGCAAGUUUAAACCAUGUUUCUUUUUUUUUUAAUCAUGGUAAGCAUGAUCUACUUGAUAGAAUCACACCUAUUGAUUUAUUAUGUACAUAAUCAAAAGCAGGAGCAUAUGCUUAGUAAGUAAGUAGUUUUUUUUUUUAUUAUUCAUAAUGCUCUUAUUUGUUGGUAUCCUUAAAAAAUAUGUAUUAUCAUGUUUUAACAGAUGUUACCUUGCUGGUGCAACUAUGAAAAGGAUUAAGACCCAAAUCCUAUGAAGUUGCUAUGUAAAUUGUUUUGAAUUGAUAAUAUUCAAUGUUAAUGUAACAAUGACAGUGAACAUACCUUUAUUGAGUAAUUGUAUCUGGCUUCAUUUUUUGUAACAAGUUGUGAUUUUAUUACAAAGCGUUCCAUUUUUGGUGCUCUUUUCUAUUGAUAUUAUUUAUUUGUUUUUAUUUGUUAUAAGUAUAUUUGGGAAGCGAUGUUUGUGUUCAAUAAUUGUAUGAAUAAUUUAUCAGUAUAUGAACCGACUCAUGAGGUGGAGUACAACCCAAUUCACAGUGAAUUUGAUAAAAUGAACAAGUUUCAUAUGGAAAAUUUCAUACUCAAAUAUGACGCAAUGUUUACUUUCAUAAGUAGAAGAAGGUUAAUAAAUUUAUAGGUUUUUGUGCAUUCAGUCAUAUAAGGUUUUAAUAUUAUGUUGGGUAAAUUCAGGUGAUACCUUAUACUCUCGGAUUGUUGAGAUAUGGAUAGUAUCUAUUUAUAUUGAAGAGUUAAAAUACUAUAUUGCUUUUAAUCGGCACUACAAUUUUCUAAGCAUAACAUUGUUGAAUUGGUGUAGGUCUGUGCAAAAUAAUCUGACCCUGUUUAUGCGGUUUUUCAUUAUGUGUCGCUUUGUGUAUGUGCAAUAGAUGGAUAUUAUUGUAAGAAGGUGCAGGCUUAUUGUAACAAUUAAAAUGAGACUCUAAGAAUAUGUUGAGCUAUGAUCAGUAUUCAAGAUAAUAGGAUUUUUGGGCAUUGUUACUUAAUAUCGUUAUACAUAGCUGUUAAAUGAUGCUGCUUGUUGCUUUAAUAUGUAAGAAACGUACUAUUUGUAGGUUUUAGUGUAAGGCAUCAAUUAAUUUAACUAGUGGCUUUUCAGUACAUGUUUUUAUUCUCCAAUCAUUCCUUUUAUAGCAUAUUUGAACAAUUGCUCUAAAUAUUUUUUUAAUUACAUACCACUUGCAUUGCCCUCUCCUAUUAAGGAAAAAUGUAUUCCGUAAAAUCAUAUGUUAUUUUAUUUUGAGGGAGAUAAAAAUCUACUUUAUCCAAUCGACAAAAAUGUGCAAACUAUAUCAGAUUAUAUUUACGGCUUUAUUAAAUAUUUAGUAAAGGUCUCUUGUUGCAACUUAUAUUAUUAGCAGAAAAACUACUACACACUUAAAGGUCAUUAUAAAAUAAUAUGUUAUAAAAAAGAGUAGAAUAUGCUUGUCAUUAUACAUGUGUAUUACACUUGGUUGUGAAAUUGGCUUUUACAUGCUUCAAUAAUGCACAAGAUGUAGUAAAUAUAUCACAAUAAAUAUUGAAAUCAA